AUAAGAAUAUAAGAAUUAAAGCAUACAUUUCCAUUCACAAUUACAAUGUCUGUUAUUUAGGUUUGAUUGCUGCAGAGGAACUCAAGACCUGACACUUGCUCUAAAGUCCAGACCCCAACAUAUGGUACCAUUGGUUUAAAAUGCUACAGAACAGAUGUAGAAACAGUAAAGUAAUGGCUUUCUCUUUUCCACAAAACAGGGGUUUUUAAAAAGGUAUCCCAUAAGGUUAAGAAGAGGUACGUAAAUAAAAAAGAGAAAAAACAAUACAUUUAUAUCCAGGAUUUGUUAGUAUUUUCAUUUGUUUAACCUUAAACAGUAUUCAACAAAGUGCUUUAUAUGACCUCUACUUUGGGAUUUUCAGGACGAACCAUUAAGAACAGUAAAUAGUAAAACAGAAGCACUUCUGGCUCGUAAAUAUGCAGUUUCUCAGAUCUUCCAUGUUGGUUGGAGCUAAAUACAUGAAACAAGGAACCGGUUAAGUUCCUUCACUGCAACCCAGUUUGACCGACAGCUAAUAUAGCUGACUAGAGCAUUCACUGAUAUCCUCAAAGUCUCUGGACAUGUGGCUAUGAGCAUCUGCCAUACAGUUUUGCAUAUUGAAAACCAAUUAAAAUGCAGGACAUCUCAGUUUGGAAGAUGGGACAAAAAGGCUAAAAUGCAGUGCAGUUCUGCAUAAUGUGGAUACCUGGUGACUCUAUUUACUAGUGAAAAGAGCACACCAAUGGGGUUUUCAUUGGUUGGUUUAAACUUAGGUUAUUCAGCCACAUUUGUCUUGUUCAGUAAAAUUUAUUUGUCAAGUGCCUUUCACAGAAAAACGAUCAUAAACCACUGAUUCCUCCUCUAUUGGAAACUGAUGGAAAAUAAUCCAUUAAUCACAGGAAUAUUUUAGUUUCCCCUUGAGUGCAUGUUAAACCAAACCAGCUGGAAACAGAAGCUUUGUCCGAUUACAGUGCACAAAGUAGGCAUGUAUGGAAAUGGUUUAGCUAAUUAUAAACAUACAGUAUAAUUAGGUACCAAAACAAUCCGUUUUAUGCAGUUACUGCUAUCGGAAGUAGCUGGUUUAAUCAAUCAUACAACAUCACUACCAGGAAUAAGUUGUAUAGGCCUAAGUAAAACCUGCUCAGACUUUAGACAGUUUCAAAGCACUUCUUUUGUUUUUGAUUCUAGUGGUCCUUGACACCUUGAUCAAUCGGUGCUGUUUUAUUUUGACGUUAAAAAAUGUUCAUUUAAUUUUAUUUAAUUAAAUGUAUGGGUCAUGUUUGUGAUGAAAUGAAAGAUUAAUUUGCUUUGAGUUAGAUUUACCAUACAGAAAGUUUCACAUUGAUAACAGGAGUUUCUAAACUGAUGGUGUUUACUUAGGUGUAAAUAUGUAUAUGCGUGAUUGUCUCAUUUUUCCAAGAUGUACCCUGAAAAAGGACUUGUUCUUGAUUAGGUUUAGCCAGAUAUAAUAAAUUAAAUUGCUACUACUCAGAUUCUGGUGCCACAUCUAAAUUAGAUUUUCCCUCAUUUGAUAAGUGUAGUUCAGAGUGCAAAUGUGUGCAGCUUUUACUUUUAAAUCUUAUACUCAUCGUCACAAAAAACCUCUAAAGGUUUCUUUCCCAGAACAUUCUUUAGGUUCCAGCAAUUGUUUCUGAGAAUGACUACCACAAAGGGACAGUUUCCAUGCUUAGUCAUACAAUGAACCAACACAGGCUUGUGCGUCCGCCAUUACUGUUUGUCUCUCUGUGGGUCUCUGCCUUUGACGUAUGUGUGCGCGCAUUACACCGACUUACACAGAAAUAAAAAAAACAAUAACCAGUAGAAAUAAUUAGGAAAGAACUGGAUUCCGGUCAUUAAAUAGAUGAACAGACCAUUCCACCCAACCUGAGCGAGUACAACAGAGAACAGCAGGUUUCCGCCAUUACUAACUAUUGUUUACUCUUACUCAGCUACACGCAUACAGACACACACACACACACACAGAAAGGGAUGAGAGGUCUUAUGCAGCUACAACGUUGAAAAGCUGUUGGUGGAUUUUGGUUGAAAUAAUUACAUUUAUGUUCCACUGAAAGAUGUUUUUUGUGUUUCCGAAGGAACAAAAAUAUCCUCCGUGGCACUAAUUUUGUGUUUGAUAGGCAAUACAUAUUCAUCCGCGACUACAUGGGUGUCAGGAGUACAGGAGUACCCGGAUGGACUGUCAUGGCCGCCGUCGCUGUGGUUCCUCAGAGAAGAGAGAAGGAAGACUGAUGUUUUGUUGUGUGUGUGCUUUCCAUGCCUGACCUUCUUUAACAAUGCUGGACGUUGUUGAGAAGCAGCCCGAGCUCCCUUCGACUUCGUAGUAAGCUGCAACUUCUUUCCCGGAACUUUGGAUGUGUUUGUUUUGGAAUUCUCCGAUUUGCAACUAUGGAAGACUUCACAAUACCUCAGGAUCCAAACCAAAAUCACAGCCCAUCAGCUGGGGACGAGGAAAAAGACAAGGUGAAAGAUUUUGUCUGCAAGCAUUUCAGAGAAGUAAAUGAUGGACCACUCUUCAAUAACACAGAUGACACCAUCGUAAAGAAAAAUGGGAGUGUGACUAAAAAAGAUGACCAAUCUGUCAAAGGCUAUUGUAAUAUUCAGCAGCGGGCUGUUUUCUCUGGAAAAAUCCUCAGUUUUGGAUGCUCAUUGUGUAAAGGCAAUUUAACAUUUAGCCCCAAUGAUCUCCUUAAACAUUUCCGAGCAGUUCAUAAAGGUUCCCUGCCCACAUACCCUUGUGACUUGUGUGAUUUUGUCACAAAUGAAUUUCCAGCACUUCAGCGCCAUCGAAUUGAGCAUAGGAGUACUCUGGUUACAUGUGAACUCUGCAAUGACAAUGUUCAAUAUUCCCUGCUUUUCCUUACUAGACACUACAUGAUGUGUCAUAGUGUAAAUGGUGAGUUUAAAUGUGACUGGUGCGAGUUUACAACAAUUGAUGCAGGAACCUUUGUCCAGCACAUCCAUCAUCACAAUGAGAGUCAUUGGAAGUGUUCAAAAUGCAGACAUAUUAGCUUAAGUGAAGAAGAUCACCAGAAUCAUAUGAAAGCUCACUCCGGCACAUUUACUUUCACUUGUCAGAUCUGUGGAUUUGGUACAGCAAGAAGUGAGCACCUUCAAAAGCACACAGCAGCUGUUCACAAAGAGGAGGCUGAAAGAAAGAAUGCUCUAAAAGCUAUUGAAGACUGUGGUUCACCAGCAAAUUCAUCAUCGAAUAUAAAACUGUACAAAAAGAUCGGCGCAUCACCGGAAAUGCAGGGAAUAUCAAAACUGAACUCUACGCCUGGAACUGUAUCGAAUGAAAAUGGCAGAGUAACCAAACAAGAACUACCCUUGGAAGAGAUCCACCAGCUUAUCGAUGGGACUUUAGGACGUAAGGACAACAGAAGUUGGAGCGUUCAAAAUGCAGAUCACUCAACUUCAGUCAUGUUACAGGAAUGUGAAAACAUAAUUAACUCUGACACUGGAAGUCAUCCCAAUGCCAAUGGGCUUACUGUCCUUAUGGUGAAGAACAAAAUCUCUCUGCCCCCUAAUUGUACAACUAAAGUGAUGGGAUUCAAGAUGGUUGAUGGCAAAAAACAUUUGGUUCUGAAAGUAAUACCAACAGCAAAGCAGGACGUGUCUUCUCAGAACCAUUCAUUAAUUGAUGGUCCCUUCGUAUCAAACCCUGUGACAGCCAAAAGGACAGACUCCACUGAGAAUGAGCAGCACUCUGAAUGCAAGGGCUCAACAUCAAAAUGUUUAGCUAUUUCACCAAGAAACGGAUCUUGCCUUCAAAUGGAUCGUGAUGAUAUUAUGGCAGUAAAAGUGAAGAUUGAGGAGGAGGAAACAUCUGUUUGUACCCUUAAUUCCACUCCACACUCUGAUAGUGAACAAACAAAUCUCUUACAAAACACGGUGAUGAAUAACGGUUCCCUCAGUCAUUUUGAGUCAGUGUCCACUGAAGAAGGAAAGGUUAAUAUUUUAGAUGUUAAAUGUGAUGAAGCUAGCUGUGGAUCUAAAGCAAAAUCAAUGUGUAAGGGUAUUAUUACUAAUGAGUCUCCUUUAAAUGCUUCUCACAAAACAUUGCUUUCCAAAAUAGUCUGUAGAGAAACUGUAGAGAUCAGCGGAGCCACAGAUAUAUCAUCACUAACUGAUGGUUUUAGCGGAUUAGGCAAAACACUCAAAGGAAACUCUACCAAAAGGUUGAAUACUAACUCCUCUGGUGAGAUUACUCCAGAAAACAAUGAUGACACAAGCACUGAGAAUAUAAGUAAAAAUUGUCUGCAGAUUGUGGAACAUCUGGAAUCUCCACCACAGUUAUCCCAAUCUUUUUCUGUUAACAGUAGAGUUGAUACUUUGGGCACAGGGAAAGGUGAACCAAAAACAUCAAACAAGGAGGUGUUUACUUUUCACAACUAUUCAAAGGAAAUGUUAAGCUCCUCGCCUUGUAACACCCAAACCGUUUCAUGUACAGGCGAGUAUUCAGGAACCAAAGAAAAUGCUUGUGAAUCAUCACAUUUUAAAUUGUGCUUAUCAGAGUCUCCAGAACACACUACAGAAUAUACAGAUGGGGAGGUCGAGGUUGAUGAGUGCAUAGCUAAUGAUGACCUUCUGACUGAGGAAAAUGGAGAUUCAGUUCUUCAAGACUUUAAUAUCAUCAAAAUUGAGGAAGAUGGCAUCCCUAUAUCCACCAAACAGUCAGAACCAAAACCCAGUUUACACUCCAUGGAAAAUUUCGUCAAAGAACAUUCAAAUGCAAUUAUUACUCAACAGCUAAACAAGGAAAGAACAGGAUCUUCAAAUGCAAGCAAUGCCCUUUUAAAACAAGCAAAGAAAACUGUGCAAAUUCUUCAGUUGCCAGGGGGAAAGCGACCAGUCCUCCUGAGGGCAACAGAUAAUAAAUUUGCCAUGCCAGUGCAAGUCAAGGCAACUCCAGGUUUUAAACUCAUAACCAGUUCUCCAAAUCCUCAGAUCAGUUUAUCUUACAUGAAACGAGAGCUUACUAACUCUAGUAACACCACCGGUGUAACUCUUAGUCCAAAAGCUAAGAUUGUGGGUGUAGCAGCAGGAAAUCCACAAGCAACCGAAAAGGGGAUGACUGUUCUCUCUGCUGUUCACUCAGGUGGCAGCACCUCCAAAAAUCACUAUUUUAUCAACAGUCCAGGAUUCAAGGGACCUGUACUCCUUUCAAGAGCACUGCAUAGUACACCAACCAAUACAGUGGCAAACGCACAACAAACAUGCUACUUUGUGCAGAGGUCGGUCCCAUUUGUUCAGAACCCCGGUACAACUAGUUUUAAAUUGCCAGGUCAUCAGCUUCCAGUCAACUCUCAACCGGUUCUGGCUGCGACCUUAACAGAAAAAGCCAGCACACCCCAAACUGGUCGUCAGGCGUACUUGCUUCGAUACAUUUCGCCAUCGAAAUCGGGCCUUUUUGGGAACAAGCAAGAGGUGAAGAACAGAACCAUUUGGAGCCAGACCAGUGAAUGUUCUGGGAAUAAAGUCAUAUUUAAAAUAGUUUCUCCCAGUGCUCGCCUCAAUACCACUGUAGCUCCCACAACAAGCAACCAACCUUUGCUUUUGGCCACCAGACCUCAGGGGCAGUGCUUCCUAGUGUCAGCAAACAAAACCAGUCCGACCAUUGAAGCAAAGAAAUUGGUGAGUGUGCAAAAUAAGCUACAGGAGCAUCAAAAGGAACCUAGUGUGUCACCUUCGCAGAUAAAUGGAAGCCUACAGCUACAUGAAGCAAAAAGACUUCUCCUUGCCCCAAGGCUUAUAGGUCAAAGGAAAAGGCACAGGAAAGCUUUAUUUAAAGAGCUCCCAGCAACUCUGCAUAAGGCUAGAAGGCUCUCGAAUAAGGUACUGACUGAAAAAGACUCUGUUUUAUGGACACCAGUUGGCAAAGAAGUGGAGAGGACACUGAGACUUGCUCCAUUCAGUGCUAUACAGCAAAUCAAGUACCCUUGUAGAUACCAGCCUGUAGUGGUGCUUAAUCAUCCUGACGCUGACAUCCCUGAAGUGACGAACAUAAUGAAAGCAGUCAACAGAUACAAAGGUGCUGUCACCAAGGUUGCUCUUAGUCAAAAGACGGUUCAAGCACUCUCUGAGUUUAGUGAUCUUGUGAACAGUUGCUCUACAUCUUUAAAUGGAGAUGUUUCAAGACCCAGGGCAGUUCUGAGUUCUGUCCGAGAACGUUUCCUCCUGAAAUUAAAACUGAGAAAGAAAAACAAAAAAAAAUAUGAAGUAGUUAAAGCUUUAUCUUCUCGUGGACAAAGGUCAGUGCUGUUUGACUGCUGGUUUUGUGGCCGGCUUUUCGACAACCAAGAAGAUUGGAUUGGCCACGGCCAGAGACAUCUCAUGGAGGCAACAAGAGACUGGAAUAAACUCUUCUGAAAGUUUUGCACCACUCUGAAAUAUAAAAAAUUUUGGGUUUUUUGGAACUUGUGAUGUAGUAUAUCCCUAUUGAUGCGAUGUUCUUUUUUGUCCUUGUAAAUACUUAUUAGGUGAAUUAAAGUUUAUGUUUUUGUGCACAUUGUGGCAAAUGUAAGCAUGAUUGGCAUCAUGCAUGUUAGUUUAACUGUGAAAACAACAUACUAUACUGAGAAGUUGGGAUGGGAACGUUGACUGAAAGGGAACAGUUUUAAUAGUCAAAGUUGGGCCAAAUGACUCAGGUAAUUUCAUUUUAUUCUUAUUUUGCCACUUUCUCCCAUAGUUUAAAAACGAAAGGUUUAGUUUUUCCUCUUAUUAACCGAAACUUGCAGAAAAUGCCGUGGACCAUGAGACCUGCAGCUGUUUUCUGCUGCUGGUGCAAAAAGAGGAAAUCUGAAACAAGGUUGCUUCUUGACAAAAGCUCAGUCCACUGAGCCUGUCAUUUAUUUUUAGUCAGGCAGCAGAGGCGAUUGGUUUAUAGGUCAUAUUGUAAAUAUAUUGUCCAGUUGUACAGUGAAAUGAUGGCAAUGUAAUCUGUAAAUCAGUACAAAAAGUAGAGGAUGAGUAGCUAGUUUGUGCAGAAAGAGCUGCUCUGUUCAGCUAAAAAGCCCUGAGAUAAAGGCUCAGUCUGUAGAUUUCCAGUUAUCCAAGUAGGUUCAACAGACAAUAGCAGAAUUAUAGCCACUGCUCGUUCCCCCAAAAAUAAAACCAGUAAUCAACGUUUGAGCCUCCAGCCGUGGUUCUGCUAAUGGUUGGAAUUUGGAUGGAAAGAUGUGCAUUUUAUGUAGAGGGGGAGUUGGCUGGAUCACCCCAUUUUAAAUGCUUUUAUACAGAAGCACAACAUGCUUUGCUUUUUUUUGCACGUUGUUUCUAAAGAGAGGUAAGAAGAGUGUAUAUAAAAUGUAAAGCCCCCGUUUCUGUUAAUAUUUUUCUUGAUAACAAGGGAAUCUUGUGCCCUCCUGUUAAUACUAUCUGGAAAGACAUUUUUAUAUUUUUUAAACUGUUGUUACUUUAAUCAUGGUAACAGCCAACAUUUUGAUAGGUAACUUUGUUUGUGUGUGUGUGGUAAAAUUCUCUGUAUUUGGCUUGUUAUUGCCUAAAUGUACUGUAUAUCUGCACACUGUCAUUAUGUCCCUUAUGCCUUUAAAUACAUGUUUCAGUUACAUUUCACAUCCUUUAUUUAACUGCCUCCAGGACUUCAGAGCUUCUGGAUUCUUUGAGUUGAACUGAUUGUAGAACAUGAUGGUUGAUCCAUAAAACUGAAUGUUUUCUUCCCUUUUCGUAUGCAAACGAUUCAGCGCAACAAGCCACACUACUGUUUUGUAUUGAGACAGUGGUUCUACAGAACCAAAUCCAGGUGCUGAACCAGGUACUUCGGCAACAUUUUGUUUUCUACAACUUUGUCAUAAAUGCUUUAAGAUCCUGUUAAACUGCCAUAUAGAUAGCAUUAGUGAUGGUUAUAUAGAUUUUGGUGUUUUAAAUUUGUCAAGUUUGUAUUUUUUUUAACUCAAGGGCUACAAUACAAAACACUGCAUAUGAGAAUAAAACUCCCCAUUCAAAGGAAUGAUAGUUGGAUUUUUGUUCAGUCUUUUCAUUUGUAUUUGAGAGCAGUGGUCCAUAUUUAAAGCAGUGAUUGAUAACGUAUUGCUUCAAAUAAUUAAUCCAUCUUCAGUCUUUUGUAUUGGCUUAAUGACUCCUACAGCAAUCCGAUGGAUUUAUCCCCAUAUUACCUCCACAUAUGACUUCACUUUGUUCCUGUCUGAUCUACAGAGUUCUUAUGUCUGCUCCUUCCUGAUGGCUCUUGGGCCAAAGAAUAUAUUUUUCAAAAAAUAAAAAGUAUAAGUAUAUAUUGUUAA